AUCAUAUCUACUAAGUUUAUUCAAUAUGGACUUUUUACCUUUUCACGCCGAGGAUAGAAAACCUGGUGUCGACUACGUUAGAUGCCAAAAAGAAUUCGAGAUCCAGAUGCUGUUACUUCAACAAGACAUCCAAAAUCGCUUCGGGUGGAACCAACAGCGGGGAGAUGGAUAUGGGGUUUGCAAAAUGUCCUGGUCUUCUAAUCAGAAUGCCUUUUCGUCGAGUCCACCACAAGAGCGGACCAGAAAAGCGUAGCCGAUCCCUAGCAUCAGGUCUUAAGCGGGGUGCUACAGUUACAUCUGCUACGUGAUGAUAGACGCUUACACCAUGGUCAACCUAUGCUUCGUAGGCAACGACAUACGAGGGGCUACAAUAGACACGAGGGCGGGUGAAGGAUAAUGCAUACAUGGAUUACUUGGAGGAGCGGGCGACUUGAUGAUUUACGAAUCUUUAUAUAUCACACUGUUGGAACUAUUUUGUCUUUCUUUAUCUAGGAAAGAAUUUAUCCCUUGCAAAUU